AUGACGACGGGCAUACGAGCGUCUGCUCCUCAUAUUCUUCGAUACGGAUUACGUCGGGUCGGCAAUCAGAGACUUUAUAAAACAGGGGUGCGUUUGAUCCAGUUUUCCCCACACACGCCAGGACAGCGUCUCCCUCUGUUAAGCCGAGGCAUCUCCAAUGUGGACGUAGAGAACAGGAACGGAGAGGAGUCGGAAUGGGUGGCGGACCUGGCGCAAAACCUCAGAGAAAGAAAUGUGGACAGAAUUGUGUACUCCCUGGAGGACUCCAUAUUUGAUGUAUUCUGUGAUAAAGAUGAGAAAAUCUCAGUGGCAAAGUUUUUAAAUGCACUGACUGCCACGGGUCUAAGACUGACUGACCCCAGGUUAAAGGAAUGUAUUGGUCACUUUGAAUCUCUGGAGUGUAUAGCUACUGACCUUAAUGAAGUGGGGACAUCUCUCACCAUAGACAGGGAGACGUUUAAAGAAUGUAUAGCAGACAAUAUAGUAUUGAUAGCUCGAGCACUACAGGGAAAGUUUAUUAUUCCCGACUUCAAGACACAGUUUUCAAGGUUAAACAACAAACUUUACACAAAAUGUAAACCUAACAAUAAAGGCAAGGUUGCCACCUACAUUCCUCAGCUGUCCCGUGUAAACCCUGAUUACUGGGGUGUGUCUUCUUGUACCAUAGACGGACAGAGACACUCCGUGGGUGACGUGCACGUCCCGUUCUGCCUCCAGUCAUGCAGCAAGCCCCUCUUAUACGCGCUGGCUCAAAACGAGAUGAGCGCGGAGACAAUCCAUCAAUAUGUGGGACAGGAACCGAGCGGACGAUCCUUCAAUGAACUUACACUGGAUUAUGAAAACAAGCCUCACAAUCCAAUGAUCAAUGCUGGGGCCAUAGUAGUCUCCUCUCUGCUGAAGAAUGAAAACUCACUCUCAGACAGAUUUGAUUUUGCUCACAAGCAGUUCCAGAAGCUUUCAGGUGGAGAGUUUGUUGGCUUCAACAAUGCUGUGUUUCUAUCAGAAAGGGAAACAGCAGACAGAAACUUUGCUCUUGCCUACUACAUGAAGGAAAAGAAAUGUUUUCCUGAGGGCACUAACCUCAUGGAGACACUGGACUUUUAUUUUCAGAUGUGUUCUAUAGAAAUCACCUGCGAAUCAGGAAGUGUCAUGGCGGCCACUCUUGCUAACGGCGGUGUCUGUCCAAUCACGGGAGACAAAGUUCUCAACCCUGUAUCAGUGCGUAAUACCCUGUGUCUGAUGGCUUCCUGUGGGAUGUAUGAUUACUCUGGACAGUUUGCUUUUCAGUGCGGGAUCCCUGCUAAGUCAGGGGUCUCCGGUGCCAUCUUGGUUGUAGUGCCGAAUGUCAUGGGGCUGUGUUUGUGGUCGCCGCCUCUGGACAACCUGGGGAACAGCGUCAGGGGAAUUCAGUUUGCCAAGGAAUUUGUGAACACGUUCCACUUCCACAACUUUGACAGCAUGGUUCAAGAUUCCAAUAAACAUGACCCCAGGAGGAAGAGGUUUGACAGCAAAGCCAUGGAAAUCACCAGACUGCUGUAUGCUGCUUACAACGGAGAUGUUACUGCAUUGAGGAGGUGUGCAUUGAUCAAUAUGGACCUGGCUCAGGGGGACUACGACUUACGGACUGCACUGCACGUGGCAGCAGCCGAGGGUCACCAAGAUGUCAUACAGUUUUUGUUGGAGAGGUGUCAAGUGCCUUGUAAUCCUAAGGAUAGGUGGGGGUUCACCCCCCUAGAUGAGGCCAGGAGGUUCAACCACCCCAGGGUGGCUGAGAUGCUGGAGGCUGCCAUUAAACAUGAGGAGAGAGAUGCUGGACGCGGUGAAGAAAAGUUGAGUCUCCAAAAUGACUAACAUCUUAGCAGUGAUCAGUCAGAACAUACGACAUGUUUGUGUUUGGAAAUGUGAUGUACUUGGGCAGCAGACGAUAAAAGUUGGAUUGUUUGAGUUACUGCUUAAGGCAAUAAAAGUAACAAUACUUUGGGUAUGAUAUUAAUGUUUAAGAACAGUAUUCAUCUCAGUCAUUUAUAAAACUUGCAUAAUAUACAUGUUGGUGUUAACUAUUUGACUUUAUAAUUAUAUUAACCAAUAUACCGGUAAGUCCAUAGCUUUAGAUUAAAGUCAUUAUCUAAAAAGUUCAAAGUAUAUAAAAAAAGCAAAAUGCAGUACAAUGUAUUAUUUAUAAUAGAAGAAAAACAUAAAAGGUUAUGUCUUUUUUGUGUUAUUUUUUUUCAGUGACUCAUUUAUAUUGUUAAAUACUAACUUACAGAGUGUUUGAUGAUUUAGCUUUUUUUAGGCUAAAUAGUUUGAUGAAAGGGACAUAUAGACUUUAAAAUGGUCAUUUGUAUUAUUACAUGUACACAGUAUAUCAGGUAUAAAACAAACAUCGGACCUCUGCUAAAAGUGAUAUUUUUUAUUCUGUUCACUAUUAAGUGUAUAUUUUAUUCUACACUGGUUGUCACUAAUUUUACUCUUUUAUAUACAUAUAGGAGGGCCAGUUCUCAAAAUACUGCUGUUAACACUUAUUUUCCCCUAGUAUUGAUAAGAACACAGUUGUUCAUAGUGCAGUACCUGUGAAUUGUUAUACAUAGACUAAGAAUAAGUACACAUUGUCAGGAUAUUGAAAUAAAUACGGAUGUAUUGAUUUUUUUUUUUUUCAUCUAACAAAUGUUCAGAAGUAUUUUUAUACAUGUUACGGUUUUAAGCAACUGAUAUUAGUAGAUAUAGAUAAUAUUAACAUUUCAGGUUUGCCCCAUGUUAUAAUAUAAUCUUUGUUCACUCUAUAUUUUAGUGUCACACAUUGGCUGAUCUAAAAUAUGGCCUGGAUGCAGAAUUUUAUACAUCCUUAUCACUCUUCUUAUAUCUACUUCUACUGCCAAAAUACAAAGUGUAUAAUCAAAACUAAAACGUCAAAGGGGUCUUAAGAUGCUACCUCACAGUUUUUUUUUUAUUAUUUCUAGUUCAAUGAUGUAGAAUUAAAGAUGGUUAAUGUUAUCUGCUAUUGUGAAAAGUCAGAGUUGACCCUAUGACAUGUCUACCUUCAUACAGGGGUAUUUAAAUUGAUAUUCUCUGCAUCGUGAUUUGUACAGGUUUUGCCAAAUAAUGAUUGUAAAGUUUGAAAAGUAUUACACAUUGGAAAAACACUGCAGUGAUUCAAUAUGCCCUUUAAGUUAAUAGUUCGUUUCUUUUUUUUUUUUUUUCUUGUGCCGUUCUUUAAUUUUUUCCGCAUUUCAGUAAUGAGCCAUGUUGUGUGCGCCAUUUACUUUUCACAAUAAUAUUUCGUACUUCACGCUGUUAAGUUUAUUUGCUCAGCUUAACUGUUUACUUUAUAUCUUAUUUUAGUUUCAAACAUUAGCUGUUAAACCCCAUUUUUUCCAAAAAAUGACUUGCAGUAUUUGAUUGGGGAAGGAUUUUGUGAAUAUAUUGUCUGCAAUUGAGCAUGUACAUACUGUGGUAAAAUGGUCUUACUUCUUAAGCUAUUAUUAUUAUUAUUAUUAU